AUGCAAACUCCCGUCACGGCCGCCCCUGUGGCCGUCCCCUCGGCCGAGGAAUGGAUCGUCAAGAGCGCCGCCGGCGAGGAGUACCUCAUCCAGAUCGGCUUUCCCUUGAGCUGGAGCAGCAAGCCCGACGCCGCGCAGGCGGGUAAGCCGGUGCACAUUCUCUACUGCACCGACGGCAACGCCCUCUUCUUCACCGCCCUCGACGCCCUGCACCGCCGUCUCUCCGUCCCGGCGCUCGCCACCGACGCCGCCGCCGCCGUCGUCGUCGCCAUAGGCUACCCCCUCGCCGCCGACCCGCCGCCGGGCGUCUUCAGCCCCCGCCGCGGCCGCGACCUGACGCCCCCCUCGCCCGGCGCGGACCCGGAGCGCGAGGGCGGCGCCGACGUCUUUGCCGACUUCAUCCGGCAGACGGUCCGGCCCUUUGUGCACGGGCGCAUCGCGCAGCGCCGCGGCAGCGGCGGCGGAAGCGGGAGCGGGAGCGGGAGCGGCGACGCAAAGAUCGGCCGCGAGGCGCUGUACGGGCACUCGUACGGCGGGCUUUUCGCGCUGCACGUGCUGUUCACCCGGCCGGCCGCUGCGGGGUUCGACUGCUAUGUCGUCAGCAGUCCCAGCGUGUGGUGGAACGAGGAGUUUCUCCUCACUGAGGAGGAGGCCUUCCGGGCUGCGGCGGAGCGAGCAGCUGGUGGUGACGGCGGGGUCGAGAAGAAGAGGCCGCAGCUGAUGAUGUUUGCGGGCGGGGACGAGCAGGUGCCCCCGCGGCGGAGGGGCGAGAGCGACGACAGGUACGAGGAGCGCAGGAGGGUCGGCGAGGAGCGCAACAUGGUCGGACACAUGGUGGCCAUGGCGGGGCGGCUGAGGGCCAGCGGGAAGCUGGAGCGGUUCACGUCCAAGGUGUUUCAUGGGGAGGACCACGGGACGGUGAUUGCGUGCUCGCUGAGCCGGGGGCUGACUACGUUCUUUGAGGACUGGCCUUUGGAGGAGUACGAGUAG